AGAGCGCCAUUUACGUCUUACGGGUUACCUCGCUUUGUUUUGUUGUUGUGGUCCUUGUCGCCUGCACAGCUAUCAUUAUAUUCGGCGUAACGAGUAGCAACCACAAAGAAAUCGUUUUCUUUUUAAAUACAAACAAAUUUAAUUACUAUUAUUAAUCCAUGUCCUCGAAUAUCUCCUCCACGGUCGAAAAGACGGCGGCUGCCCCGCCCACCUUGCUUGAGGCUUUCGCCACCAGCGCCGCGCAGCUACGCCACUUUGGUAUUCCCCGCAUCCGCGUCGUCGGCCUCAGCGAGGGCUGCACGCAGGCGGACUACGAAAAGCAGCGCAGCCGUCCCGACGGCAAGGACAUGGAAACCCUCCUGCAGGAGAGCACCCUGCGCGGCCCGCACGGCGCACUCGGCGCGGCAAGCCACCGCGUGCAGAGCGAAGCGGAGGCGCGUGCGGCGGCGCAGGUGAACGAGGACGUGCCAAUCGUGACGGAGCAGGAGUUUAUGCAUAAGUUCGUGUUUCACUCACGGCCGUGUGUGAUUUUGGACGCCAUCGCGUCGUGGCCGGCGGUGGAGAAGUGGCGGGACGACCGCUACGUGUUUGAUCUCGAUCACACGCUUCCGCUGGAGCCGGAGCGCGAGCCGCAAGAGGAGGAGGAGGAAGACGAAGAAGAGCAGGACGACGGCGAAGACACGAAUCCCAACGAGACAGAGAAAGCGAGAAGCUCCGAAAAGGCAUGUGAGGCGAACGUCUCAGACGCCGCGGCACCUGUGUUAGCCCCCAAGAAGGUGACGGUGGCGCUGACGCCGAACGGCAGGGCGGACGCCGCAACGCGGGUGACCUACUCGACCACCGCUGUGCCGGCUGAAGACGCGGCUGCCGUUUACACCGGCACCGAAGCGCAGAAGCACGCGGUGAUGCUGCCCUCGGCGGACAUCGUCGACGCGGACAAGCACGUCCGCUGUGAGAAGAUCUUCAUGUACGCCGCCGAGCUUCGCAUGACGCUGCCGCAGCUGUAUGGCUUACUGCAGCGCAGUCCCCUCUUCCCACCAGCCAACCCGAUCGAGAUCGACAUGCGCACCUACGCGGACAAAUCCCAGGCGCCGGCCAUCGCCUACGCGCAGCUGCAGAACAACUGUCUCAACACGGAGUACAACCACCUACACGUGGACAUCGGCUCGAACGUGGAGCGCUUCGGCUGUCGGGUGUUCGACAAAGACGCGGUGGAGGCGGCGAACGUGUGGUUCGGCAUCCCAGCCUCCGUCUCCUCGAUGCACCAAGACUGGGUGGAGAACCUCUACGCGGUGGUGCGUGGCGUGAAGGAGUUUGUGAUGAUCCCGCCGUGGGAGGGCCCCUUCGUGCCAAAGCCGGAGAUCCCCGCCGCCGCCUUCGCGAUCGACGAGGCGCAGAGCGUCGUGGACCACGGCGAGGACACAGCGCAGAGUUGGUCGCUGCAGUUUAAGCAGUAUCCCGUGAAGGAUGGCACGACGGUGCCGUGGAUGGACUUCGACAUCACCGGGGCGGAGGUGGAGGACGAUGCGGAGGGAGUGGCGCGUGCGGAAUUGAAGCGACGCCUCGUCGAGCAACGCUGUGAGACGUCCGCGCUGUGGGCGGCACCGAUGUGUGAGGACGAGGCGGUCGCCGCGGCGGAAGAGGAGGCGGCCCGAAAGCCACUCCACCCCCUCGUUGCGUACGUACACCCGGGCGAGACCCUUUAUUUGCCGGCAAUGUGGCUGCAUCGUGUUGCGCAGCACGCGGACAGCACCGACAUGCACGCACGGGCGAUGCAUCACGCUGCUGCUGCUGCGGCGGCGGUAGACCCAGCGAAUCGCGCACCGACUACCGAGCCGCCGCUGCCCCUCAUUGCUGCUGUGAAUUACUGGUAUGACAUGAGCUUCGGUAACCCGUCCGUAGUGAUGCUUCGCGAGUUUGGUUUGCUUCUGUGA